ACGGCCCCAGCCGAGCCCCGUGCGGUUGACUUUGAUGCGCCGACGCCACAGCCCACAAAGGGUUCUUUACCCCAUGCGCAGCCCGGAAUAUAGUGGUGCCCGCUCACUACAAUGCAUAGGAAUUGACCGACAGCAAGCAGCAAAAAAUGGGUCCUUAAAUGGGGGAAAAAUGUACGCAUUCGUGCGUGUUUGUUCGAAAUUAUGCGGCGACUUUUAAAUUUGCUUUCAAAAGUUUGCACGUAACGGCCAGCGCGUGGGGCGGAGGAAAAAUCAUUAAUUUAUGCAACCAGUUUCUUAACUGCUAUUCUUAAAUAAAUACACCCCUUCACGUCCACACCACGAUCGAGGGGUGCUGCUCCGCAUCGAUAAUUAUCACCACUUACUGAAAAGUAUUGACAAUAAAGCAAUGAUAACGACGCACCAGCCUUAUCCAGCCAUCCAUUUUCCCGCUAUACAAUUUCCCUUGUUACAGCGGGGGUACAAGCGCGCCCCGUUAUCAGUGAUAAGGAGGAAAAUUAGAUUAGUCGGAAAAGCGCUCAAUGGCCAAUAUAAAUGCAUACACAUUACGCUUGAUGCGUCGCAAUUUGAUUGAUUUGGUGCUCCAAGUUCCACACUUGGUUCGCGAGAUUCCCGAAUGAGUCCAAACCUAACCACGGCGCUCGUUGGAGGAGGAGGAAGCAUUCGUCGCCGAAGAAAACCACCCAGUGGCAGCGGUGUCCUUUCGCUCGUUAAACGCAAGAAGGCUAAUCAACGCGAACGCAACCGUAUGCACGGACUGAACGAUGCGCUCGAUCGGUUGCGGAUGUGUGUGCCACUUCCGGCGAGCUUAACCACCGCCACGGUACGGCCGGACGACGCUCGGGAGGCAACGCCAACACCACCACAGAAGCUGUCUAAAAUCGACACACUACGAUUGGCGCAAAACUACAUCGCAGUGCUGCUGGACGUGCUGCACAGUGGACGUGGGAUGAAGUACGAUCGGUUGCUGGCUACACUGGGGCGCAGGUUGAGCCAAAACACCACCAAUCUGCUGCGGACGAGACUUACGCUCGAUGAGCAGCUGCAGGCCGGACUGGUGGAUGGGGAGUGUGGCGGGUCUGGAUCGUUCGAGCACGAAGGACAGGGACUGUGUUGCUUGUGUUCACCACCACAGCACGAUACGCCGGUGUGGUCUAUUAGAGCGGCGCCUGCUGAGCAGCAGUGGACAUUGGGGUACGAUUGCAGCUUCUGCAGCUACAGCGAGGACGGUCCACCGACGAUGACGACGACGACGACGAUGUACCGGGAGCGGGGUGAUAUGUUCGACUUCUGAAAGCAAGCUUGCGAACGCCUAUCCUCCUAUUGCUUCCAACACACAUACAAACACACACACAGACAGACACACACAGUGAAUAAAACAUAGAGAGAGCGAAGGGCCACUAUUGCCGUACUUCCCCCCAGUUUUGUUGUCCCCCCCUCUUCACACCCUCCAUCAGCGGAGGCUGUCUCUUUGUUUGCAGAAAGGAAAGGUCCUUCUUCCUCCCUUCAAGUGCCCGCGCCGGGCGAUCCGCAGCACAAUAGCCCUCUUGCAUGCAGUAUUGUACUUGUACCUGGCUUAGGAGCCAAUUUUUACAUGUAGAUGAAGUUAAACCUGCAAAAAAAGAGCGUCAAAAAUGUUAAUAAAAGAUACCACGUAAUAUGAGAAUGAGAAUGAGAAAACGGUCGGUCGGUACCUGCAGAGUGCUUGCGGUAGCGAGGAUAUGAUCGGCCCGUAGCCUUGCGAAUUGUCGUACAGCUCGAACAGCGGUGCCGCUACUAGCUUGUAGUUCUUAGGUACGGCAAAUAGCGCUACACAAAUUGGUGAUGAGAAUAAGAGACAAAAGAGAGAAACGGGUUUGAAAUAUUAGCCACUGUGUAAGGAUAUGGUUUUGAGUUUUGUUCGGCCGGUUUAACUUUCUCUACACUUUCGCUUACAACAAUGAAUAAAAAGUUCGUUAGCUUAA